AUGUCUUCAAACGCUGAAUACGUUUUAUCCAAAGUAGAUAAUUUAAUUAAUUGGGCUCGCCAAGGAUCUCUGUGGCCCAUGACAUUUGGUUUAGCCUGUUGCGCAGUUGAGAUGAUGCACACAGGGGCGGCUCGUUACGAUUUGGAUCGUUUUGGUAUUAUUUUUCGCCCAAGCCCUAGGCAGUCCGACGUUAUGAUCGUCGCUGGGACAUUAACCAACAAAAUGGCACCGGCUUUACGCAAAGUUUAUGACCAAAUGCCCGAACCGCGUUGGGUUAUUUCGAUGGGAAGUUGUGCAAAUGGAGGGGGUUACUACCAUUAUUCCUACUCAGUUGUCCGAGGGUGUGACCGAAUUCUCCCAGUUGAUAUUUAUGUUCCAGGGUGCCCUCCAACGGCUGAAGCUCUUUUGUAUGGAAUUUUACAGUUACAGAAAAAAAUUCAUCAAAAUAAGAAUACGGUUCUCUGGUAUACUCAGUAG